UUGCUGCCGCUGCCGCUGCUGCGUGACGGACUGAGAGAGCUGUAGCGGUCCUCAAUUGUUCUCAAUCAGCCAGCGACGCGGUGCUGGAUUCAGAGUGCCAUCGCAGCUAUGUGCGCAUAGAUGUGCAAAAACCUCUGGAAUAUCCCAUUGCUGGAGAGGCUGCAAGCGACCAGCGUGGACGUCCGCGUCCGUUCAGCCGGCUAAAGGGAACUCAGGGACGACGACAGCAUGGCGGUAGAAGAGGAAGGUCUGCGGGUUUUUCAGAGCGUUAAAAUUAAAAUAGGAGAAGCCAAAAACAUCCCUCCAUACCCGGGGCCAAACAGGAUGAGGGACUGUUACUGCACUGUCAAUCUGGACCAAGAAGAAGUCUUCAGAACCAAGAUUGUUGAGAAGUCGCUCUGUCCGUUCUAUGGAGAGGACUUCUAUUGUGAGAUCCCACGUAGCUUCAGACAUCUCUCCUUCUAUAUCUUUGACAGGGACGUCUUCAGGAGGGACUCAAGUAUCGGUAAAGUUGCGGUGCAGAAAGAAGACCUGCAGAAAUAUCACGGGAAAGACACCUGGUUCCAGCUCCAGCCUGUCAGCGCUGACUCAGAGGUGCAGGGAAAAGUGCACCUGGAGCUGCGUCUGAGUGAAGUCAUCACAGACAGCGGCGUCAUCAACCACAAACUAGCCACCCGAGUGCUGGAGUGCCAAGGUCUUCCCAUCGUUAAUGGCCAAUGUGACCCUUAUGCUGCUGUCUCGCUACUUGGUCCUUCCAGGUCAGAAGUAAAGAAGACCAAAGUGAAGAGGAAAACCAAUAAUCCACAGUUUGAUGAAGUUUUCUAUUUUGAGGUGACACGGCCCUUGAGCUACACAAAACGACAGUUUGAUGUUGAAGAGGAAGAUGUGGACAAACUGGCUUUGAGGGUGGACCUGUGUAAUUUGAGCAACUUGAAGUUUGGUGAUGAGUUCCUGGGAGGAGUGCGGGUUCCACUCAGAGUUUUGGGUCAACUUGGAGUCCACGAUGCAUGGUACUAUCUUCAGCCCAGGGAAAACGGAGGGAAGUCUGUCAAGGUGGAAGAGCUCGGAUCUCUGCGCCUGAACAUCGUUUACACCGAGGACCACGUUUUCCCCUCGGAGCACUACACCCCACUCAGAGAUUUGCUGUUGCACUCGGCUAACGUGCAGCCCGUGUCGGCGUCCACUGCGAACAUUCUGGGGGAGGUGUGUCGAGAGAAGCAAGAGGCCGCCAUACCGCUCGUGCGUCUCUUCCUCCACUAUGGCAAGAUUGUGCCUUUCAUCAGCGCCAUCGCGCACGCCGAAGUUCACCGCACACAGGAUCCAAACACCAUUUUUCGGGGGAACUCGCUCACGUCCAAAUGCAUCGACGAGACCAUGAAACUGGCAGGGAUGGACUAUCUACGAGUCACACUGAAACCAAUCAUAGAUGAGAUCUGCACCGAACACAAGCCCUGUGAAAUUGACCCAGUUAAACUCAAGGAAUCGGAAAACCUGGAGACAAACAGGGGAAACCUUCGCCGCUAUGUGGACCGUAUCUUUGACGUGAUCACCACCUCUGGCGUUCGCUGUCCAACUGUUAUGUGUGACAUCUUCUUCUCGCUGAGGGAGUCUGCGGUCACGCGUUUCCAAGUGGACCAAGAUGUCCGAUACACAGCAGUGAGCAGUUUCAUCUUCCUGCGUUUCUUCGCUCCGGCCAUCCUCUCGCCCAACCUCUUUCAGUUACGGCCUCACCACCCGGAUCCCGCCACCUCCCGAACGCUUACCCUCAUCUCCAAGACCAUCCAGACGUUGGGAAGUCUCGCCACGUCAAAAUCCGCCAAUUUCAAAGAGGCUUACAUGGCAGCAUUUUAUGAGUACUUCAAUGAGCAGAAGUAUGCCGAUGCUGUGAAGAAUUUUCUGGACCUCAUAUCGACGUCAGGGAAGUGGGAUCAGAAGAGUAUUGAAACACCAAUCAUGCUCAAAGAGGGAUUUAUGAUAAAGAGAGCGCAAGGAAGAAACCGAUUCGGAAUGAAAAACUUUAAAAAGAGAUGGUUUCGUCUCACCAACCACGAGUUCACGUACCACAAGACCAAAGGAGAGGGCGCGCUGUGCAGCAUUCCCAUCGAGAACAUCCUGGCCGUUGAAAGGCUGGAGGAGGAGUCAUUCAAGAUGAAAAAUAUGUUCCAGGUGAUCCAGUACGAGCGGGCCCUCUACAUCCAAGCCAACAACUGCGUCGAGGCGCAAGCUUGGAUCGACAUCCUGACCAAAGUCAGCCAAUGCAACCACAAGCGUCUCAGCACCUAUCAUCCUUCAGCCUACCUCAACGGCCACUGGCUCUGCUGCAAGCUCUCGGCCGAAGCGGCGCCUGGCUGUAUGCCCUGCACCGGCAGGCUCCCAGCCAACAUCCAGCUGGAUGUCGACGGGGACAGAGAGACUGAGAGGAUCUAUUCCCUCUACAGCACAUACAUGACCAAACUGAUCAAGAUGGAAGAGGCCUGCGGCAGCAAGUCGGUGUACGACGGACCCGAGCAGGAGGAAUACUCCAGCUUUGUCAUUGACGAUCCCCAGGAGACCUACAAAACCCUGAAGCAGAUCGUUUCAGCCGUGCAGACUUUGGAGCAGCAGCAUACCAAGUACAAACGAGACAAGUUCAAGAAGACCAAGAUAGGCAGCCAAGAACAUCCAAUCGGGGACAAGAGUUUCCAGUGCUACAUCCGUCAGCAGUCAGAGAGCUCCACUUACUCCAUCUGACCGGCGGGCAGAGUCUUGAGACUCCUCCCGUGAUGUUCCGAGUCAGCGCGUUGGACUCGACUGUAAAUCGCAGUCCGUCCGCUCCGAAGUGGCUCACGCCGGAUGUGUUGAAUUCAGGGAAAACUCGAGUUGGACGUUUCCGAACGGGAAACGGGACGACUCAAGAUGCAACACUCCACCUAUACGGAGAAACUGACCUCAGAUCAUUUCGAACAGAAGGGGAACAGAAGUCAAGGAGGGAGAAGAAGAAGUUGAAGAACUGUUCACUCUUCCCGUGAUGUGAUGACAGAACCAAACUUUUCACUGGACAGCAUUGACAGUGAAAGACACGCACUUUAAUCACCUCCAAAUCAAUGCACCAACAAGACUCGCCGCACAUUUUUCAAAAGCUAUAUUUCAUGGCUUUCAUUUGUACUUUGGUUGAUGUCAUAUUUCUUCGUAUAUCACAUCUCACAGACCAAAACUUCAGAAGGAG